CAUUGGAGUUCUUCCUCCGCGUGCACACACGUCCAGCAUAGAAGUGCAGGAUGCACAGCGGGUUCAUGGCGAAGGGUGAUGCGGAGGCUAUUGGAGGAAGGCUAGCCCACCCGCCUCGCCUUUCGCCAAUUUUUUGGGUAAGGGGAAACCGAGGACGGUUUAUCUGUUUCGAGAUCGUCCAGCGUUUGUCAGCAGAACGUGAUGCCGCCGUGCAUCGACUUGGUCGCGACGCGAGCAACCUCUAGGUUUGAUCAUCCUGACGGCUACUCGCCUUUCGCUCCGUGGACGAUGAACCCUGCCGGCGCUGAGUAUGUGGUUACUUGUGAGUCGUCUCAAAAGCAAGCCUGACGAGUCACCUUUCUCUCCGUGGACGAUGAACUCUGACAUCGCUCUGACAGCGCUCUGACAUCGCUCUGACAGCGCUCUGACAGCGCUCUGACAGCGCUCUGGUUACCUCCUCUCAGAUUCGAAACGACUUGGCUGAUGACCAGAGGUUGUCGAGGUUCACACGUUACCAAUUAGUGAGGAGUCUAUUUUUGAGGCGCCUCAAAAACGUUACCAAUUAGUGAGGAGUCUUUUUUUGAGGCGCCUCAAAAACGUUACCAAUUAAUGAGGAGUCUAUUUUUGAGGCGCCUCAAAAACGUUACCAAUUAGUACGCGCCGCUUCGAAUGCACAUUGCCCACUCUUUCAGCGUCCGGAGGCCCAAAUCGAGGCCCGCAGGAGGAGGGAAAGUCGCAGAUUGCGUUCUUCUCGAACGACGAUCGUAAUCCAGUAAUGGCUUCCGACUCGCAGUGCGGUUACCCAGCCGAGCUUGGGGAUAGAUCCGCCGAUGAAUCCGCACAUCCGCAGCGCAGCAGCAGCGCCGGGCUAGAGGAGUCGUCCCUAUUGGCUGGCGACUUUCCGUCUUCCGCUCCGCUCAACACGAGAAGCGGAACAACAGCUAAGACUAAGACCAAGUCCAAGCACUCAAAAUGGCGGUCAGGAAGGCGCAAGCCAGGUCGUCACGAACACGGUGUUACCGGAAAAAAAUCUUCUCCUCCGCUCCCGCGUGAGCUCACUCACCGGGUCUACACCCUCCAAAACGUCCUCUUUCGGAGGUUUCCCUCGAAGCUUCCGCUUAAGGCGACUCUCCUGGCCCUCUACGUCUCGCACUUCCUCUCCCGAUGGACCAAUCGCAUGUGGGAAUUCGCCGUGCCGCUCUUCCUCCUAGACGCCUCUUACGCCGCCACGUCAGCUUCCUCCGCUACAGACACUUCCAGUAGUAGUAGUAGCGCUGGGUCUGCCUCGUUGCUCCUCGUGGCGCUCUAUGGCCUCUCCGAGUCGCUUGCGAUGUCUUUAUUCUCCGUUCCGAUAGGCGCGUGGGUGGAUCUCUGCCCGCGAUUGCCGCUCGCUGCCGCCGCGGUCGCCGGCCAAAACGCCGCUCUGUUUCUCGCCGCAAUCGCCGUCGCGGCUCUCCUCUCUUUCUCCGCUGUUCUCGGCGCACCUUCCGCCGCGAAUUCUGGAAGCCCGGAUCUGGUUUCGUGGGUCGCAACGGGAGUUGAGAAGGGAGCUGACGUGGCGCUGGUGGCGGCGGUUUGCGUGCUGGGCGCCGCGGCUGCUCUCUUGGGAUUGGCGCGCGGGAUCGCGGUGGAACGGGACUGGGCGGUGGUGAUUGCGGACUGGGUUUGUGCGCAGGAGGCGGCGGCGGAAGGGGGGAGCGGACGGAGUCGGGAGGCGGCGGUGGAAGAGGGAAGCAGACUGAAUGGGGCGUGCGGGGGUGGGGAGCAGGUGGAGGGGGGGGAGAAGGGAGUGGUAGUGGUGAGGGAGGUGAUGGACGAUGAGGAGGAUUCUGGUAAGCGACUGGAGGGGAGUACGGCGCAGCAGCAGCAGCAGCAGCAACAAGACGACGAGCAGCAGGAUCAGAGGGAGCGGGUGCGGGCGCGGCUCAACUCCACCCUUCGCACCAUCGACCUCCUCUGCCGCCUGCUCGCCCCUGCCGUCACCGGCGCCCUCAUGGCCGCCGCUGCUGUCGCCUCCUCCGCCUCUCCCACGCCCACCCCAGCCGCACCCUCCUCCCCCCCUCCUCCCUCCUCAACCUCCUCGUCUUCUGCCUCCCCCGCCACCUCCACCCCCCACGAGAUCCUGCCCGUGUCUCUCCCUCUGGCCAUGGCCGUCUGGUUCCUAGUGGCCGCUGCUGCCGAGCUGCUGCUGCUGGCAGUCGUGCAUGCCCAGGUGCCCGGGCUGGGGAAGGGCAGGAAGGGACAAGGCGGCAGGGGGGGGACGGUGGAGGACGAGGCGGAUGGUGAGAGGGGGAGAGAAGGCGAGGGAGAUGAAGAAGGGGAGGAGGAAGAGGAGGCGGGAGAGGGAGAUGAAGAGCACCAAGCGGAAGAAGGAGCGGGAGGAGAGAAUGGCGGAGGGAAUGAGCAGUUGUUAAAGCCUGUGCUCUCAUCUCCCCUCUCCUCCACCUCCUCCUCCACCCCUCUCGUCUCUUCGGACCCGCCUCCACCCGAUUCCUCCAUCACUUGUGCCAGCACUACCUCCCCAGGCACCACCAGCACCCUCACCCUCACCCCCCCUCUCAUCCCUCCUCUCGUUCAACCCUCCCCAAGAAAGCCCUCCCUCCUUGAUCGCCUCCUCUCCUCUCUCCUCCACCUCCGCCUCCUCCUCUCCUCGUGGCUCUCCACUUUCCAAGCAGCAUGGGCCAUCUACUAUUGCCAGACCUCCCUCCUCCCCUCACUCUCCCUCGCCCUCCUCUACCUCACCGUCCUCUCCUUCGGCUCCCUCAUGUGCGCCUACCUCCAUUCCCAAGGCAUCCCUCUAGGCCUCCUAGGCUCCGCAAGCGGAGCCGCAGCGGUAACCGGGGUGCUAGGAGCGACCUUCUUCCCAAGCCUUUGCGCCAGGCUUGGCCCGAUCCAAACCGCUGAGACUUCCAUCUGGUCGCAGCUGGCGUGCCUGCUGCCAUGUGCCGUCGCAGGAUUGGUCCGCCAAUCCUCGGGGCCAAUACCAGCAGUGCUGCUAAUAGCUGGAGUGGUGCUCUCCCGAGCGCCCCUAUGGGUGUUCGACCUAUCUGUACUCCAAAUGGUCCAGGGGGCAGUGGUGGAGGAGGAGAGGGGGGCGGUGGGGGGAGUGCAGGAGUCGCUGCAGCAGGGGAUGCAGCUGGUGGCUCUGGUGCUGGCUGCGGUGGUAAGCAGACCGAGGGACUUCUGGGUGUUGACGACAGUGUCGGGAGGGGCGGUGACGGUGGCAGCGAUGCUUGUGAGUGUGGAUAGGAGGGGGAGACGGGUCGUGGGGAGGAUGAGGAGGAGGCUGGGGUGGGGGACGAGCAGGGGGGAGGAUGGGAUGGGGAGGGAAGGAGGGAGCGCUGCUGCAAAUGAGGUGUAAAGAGGUUGAAGAGGAUGUGGGAGGGAUUGUGAGCUUCUAUGCCUGCGGUGCCUGAUGUGGCUGCGUUGAGAUGGCUCACGGCGAGGAGAUUCACGCACGUGCUGCUGCAUUAGUGCUGGGUUUCCGCAGUUGAGUCUGCUUUUGAAUCAACUCAAAAGCAGUGCUGGGUUUCCGCAACCGUAGCUAACGCCCGGCAUUGAGCUGCCACGUUUCCUGCUGCUGCUUGGAGUUCCUGUGGGGUUAAAUAACGGUAGUACGGCAGCAUCGAAUAAGACUUGCCAAAAGGUAGGACGGAAGAGGGCAUGUCAACUUGAUCAGUAGUGGUUGCCCGUUUAUUGGUGUCACAUUGAUCGAUCAGUAGUCGGCUGGAACUGCAUCAAUAGCGUGUGAUGCGAUGCGAUGGUUCCCGCCCGCCUGGUCAUGUUUGCUUGAAAGUUCCAACAACUGGCAAGGGCGUGCCGCGGCCCGUGCUGCUGAUGGCUCCCGGAUGGGAGUCACUUAAAA